CAACGACGGCGACAGAUGGACCUUAAGAAGCGGCGAGUGACCGCGAGGUUCCUGAUAUCUCCACAACCCCCAUUUCGGCAUCACAUCACCCCAUAACCCCAACACCAUGACCCCCGAAGCCGAGAAAGUCGACGUCCUCAUCUGCGGCAGCGGCUCGGCCGGCCUCUGUGCCGCCGUCUGGCUCGCCCGUUUCGGCAUCAACUACAAAGUCCUCGAGCGCCGAGACGGUCCGCUUAAGAUUGGCCAGGCCGAUGGCGUGCAGACCCGGACGGUUGAGAUCUUUGACAGUUUCGGUAUUGCUGAGGACCUCCUCAAGGAGGCGUACCAUGUGCUGGAAGUCGCCUUUUGGUCGCCCGACCCGGAUACUGGGGGGAUCAGGAGGACGAGGUAUGCAGCGGACAAGGAGACGGCCGUCAGUCAUCAACCGCAUGUCAUUUUAAACCAGGCGAGGUUGAACGCAUUGAUGAUGGGGACGUUGGGGGCAGCGCCGCCGGUGGAGUAUCAGUGCGAGGUUAAGGGGUUGGAGGUGGACAGCGCUGCGGCAAAGGAUGCGGAUUCGUACCCUGUGAGGGUAAGCGCUGUAAAGGAAGGGAAAGAAAAGAUUUAUGAGGCCAAAUACGUUUUGGGCUGCGACGGCGCGCACAGCAUCAUCCGCAAGUCGCUCGGCUUCAAGAUGGUCGGCGACAGCACCGACGCCGUCUGGGGCGUCAUGGACAUCUACCCGCGCACCGACUUCCCCGACAUCCGCAAGAAGUGCGUCAUCAACUCGGCCGCGGGUAGCAUCCUCAUCGUGCCGCGCGAGGGCGACGCCAUGGUCCGCUUCUACACCGAGCUGCCCGAGAGCACCAAGGUAGGCGACAUCAGCCUCGAGAGCCUGCAAAACCACGCACGCAAGGUCUUCAGCCCCUACACGAUGGACUUUGUCGAGACUUUCUGGUGGUCCGCGUACGCCAUCGGCCAGCGGAGAGCCGAUUUCUUCCACCGCGACCACCGCGUCUUUUUGACGGGCGACGCCUGCCACACGCACUCGCCCAAGGCCGGCCAGGGGAUGAACGUCAGUUUGCAGGACGGGCACAACAUUGGCUGGAAGCUGGGUAUGGUGCUCAGGGGGCUGGCGCGACCGGAGCUGGUUGAGACGUAUGUCCUCGAGCGUGAGCGCACGGCUACCGAGCUGAUCGAAUUUGAUCGUGGGUUCACCAAGCUGUUCAACUCCAAGUACCGCGAGGAGAACCACGUCUCGCCACAGCAGGUCGCCCAGCAGUUCGUCAAGGCGGGGAGGUAUACGGCAGGGCAGGCGGUUCACUACGAUCCUUCAGUCGUAACCGCGGUUGGCGAAUACGACAAGGAGGUUAUGUCCAAUGUGACAGUCGGCAUGGCGUUCCCGAGUGCGCAGGUGGUGCGGUUCUGCGACGCCAAAGCCAUGCAGCUGGUCAAGGGACUGCCGGCGAACGGGAGGUGGUACAUUGUGGUGUUUGCGGGUGAUGUAGCGAAACCAGAGAUAGCGGCGCGACUGAAUAAGGUGUCUCGAUCACUGGAACAAACCGCUCACCGGUUCACACCGACAGGGGCCUACCCGGAUAGCGUGAUCGACCGUGUUUUGGUCAUCGCAUCGAACAGGACAAGCGUCGAGCAGGAGGAGAUCCCGGCCUUCUUCACCCCUGUGACGGGCCAAAGGGGGAUGAAAUGUCUAACGAAGGUGUAUGCCGACGAGGAGAGUUACAACUCCGGGCAUGGACACGCAUAUGAGGCUUACGGAGUGAACCCCGAAGAAGGGGCGCUGGUUGUUGUGCGGCCGGAUCACUAUGUUGCAAAGGUCGCUGCUUUGGGCGAGGUUGAGUCGAUACAGGUGUUUUUUGACGGCUUUUUAGUUCAGAACUAUAUCUAAAUUGUGGCGAACUACCUUACUUCGUAUUUCCUUUUCGAGUCAUUUCAAGAACAGGGCGAGCGCGAGCCGGGCAAUGAUUUGAGUUUUGUCUCAAGGCC